CCAGCAUCUGCAGUUCGUUCCCACAGCAAUUUACUGUUUUUGUUUUGGUUUUUCAGCAUCUGCAGUCCCUUCCUGCAGUAGUAUUUAGUGUUUGUUUCGGGUUUGUCAGCAUCUGCAGCAUUUAUUUUAGUUUUCACUGGGCGUUCCACGCAGGCGGGCUGGCGGAAAUGACGCCGUAGCGGGCGUGGGGUAUAAAAGGCGGCGCGGCCGCGGCGCUGCCUCCGUCUCCUGGCCACAGACUCUGAUAAACGUGGGUGUGCAAAAGCUGGAGCAGCGCACACUCAUACUCCAAAAACCGCAAAAAAAUUAAAAACCAACAAUUAAAAAAAGAAAAAAAACUGCAACUAAGUUUCAGAAGUGGAUUAAAUUAAAAAAAAAAACCAGUGAAUUUAUAUUUAAAAGAAACGGAACCAGGCCCUAGCCACGCUCUUGAGAUUUGAACCGGACAAACCUUCCGAAGUUUCUGGAAACAAGUAUUCGAAACGGUUUAAAGAAAGAAACGAGACUGCGAUUUUGUUGCCGGCCGGAGGAGCCCAGCUUGAGUCGACCACUCUCUGUCAGACCGUCCCCCACCCCCUCAGGCCCCGGUGUGUUGUGUCACUCGCUCACACCUCCACCCUCUGAAAGUUGUCGCCUCUCUGAGGAUGAACCAGACCGCUGCCAGCUACCCCAUGGCCUCGCUCUACGUCGGCGACCUGCAUGCAGAUGUGACCGAGGCGAUGCUAUACGAGAAGUUCAGCCCGGCCGGGCCAGUGCUCUCCAUCAGAGUGUGCAGGGACAUGAUCACCAGGAGGUCGCUGGGCUACGCCUAUGUCAACUUCCAGCAGCCCGCAGACGCUGAGCGUGCCUUGGAUACCAUGAACUUUGAUGUCAUCAAGGGAAGACCAAUCCGCAUCAUGUGGUCACAGCGUGACCCAUCGCUAAGAAAGUCGGGAGUUGGUAAUGUAUUCAUCAAAAAUCUGGACAAGUCCAUUGACAACAAGGCUCUGUAUGACACUUUCUCUGCAUUUGGAAACAUCUUGUCGUGUAAGGUGGUUUGUGAUGAAAAUGGCUCCAAAGGAUAUGCUUUUGUGCACUUUGAAACUCAGGAUGCUGCUGAUAGAGCAAUUGAGAAAAUGAAUGGCAUGUUGCUAAAUGACAGGAAAGUAUUUGUUGGUCGUUUUAAAUCUCGUAAGGAGAGAGAGGCUGAACUUGGAGCAAAGGCAAAAGAGUUUACCAAUGUUUACAUAAAGAACUUUGGAGAUGAUAUGGAUGAUGAACGACUCAAAGAAAUGUUUGAUAAAUUUGGCAAAACUCUCAGUGUUAAAGUCAUGACAGAUCCAAAUGGAAAAUGCAAGGGCUUUGGCUUUGUUAGCUAUGAAAAACAUGAAGAUGCCUUCAAGGCUGUGGAAGAAAUGAAUGGGAAGGAACUAAAUGGAAAAAUGCUCUUUGUUGGUCGUGCCCAAAAAAAGGUGGAACGGCAGGCUGAACUGAAAAGAAAGUUUGAACAGUUAAAACAGGAACGGAUCAGUAGAUAUCAGGGUGUGAAUCUAUACAUCAAGAACCUAGAUGACACCAUUGAUGAUGAAAAACUGAGAAAAGAGUUUGCUCCAUUUGGUUCAAUCACCAGUGCCAAGGUAAUGCUGGAGGAUGGUCGAAGCAAAGGUUUUGGCUUUGUUUGCUUCUCCUCUCCUGAGGAAGCGACGAAAGCUGUAACAGAAAUGAAUGGGCGUAUUGUUGGUUCCAAGCCAUUAUAUGUAGCCCUUGCUCAAAGGAAAGAGGAACGCAAGGCUCAUUUAACUAAUCAGUAUAUGCAACGAAUUGCAGGGAUGCGUGCCAUGCCAGCCAAUACAAUCAUCAACCAAUUUCAGCAGGCUGCUGGAGGCUAUUUUAUGCCAGCUGUGCCUCAGGCACAAAACAGAGCUACCUAUUAUGCACCAAAUCAGAUGGCCCAGAUGAGACCCAGUACCCGUUGGCAACAGCAGCAAACCAGACCCCAAGGGUUCCAAGCCGUGCCAAAUGCCCUUCGUCAGGGAGGUCCUAGGCCUCUUCGUCACCUAGCCCCAACAGGAAAUGCUCAGGGUUCUCGAGGUGUUCCUAAUGCACAAAGAAUGGGAUUAUCUACAGCUCAGAAUCUGGCGCAUCGCCCUGGAAUUGCUGGCCCAACACCACGGGGUGUUCCACCGUAUAAAUAUGCCUCCACAGUCCGGAACCCACAGCAAUCAGUCGUGCAAACUCAAAUGGGCGUACAGCAGGCCUCUCAGUCUGCAGUGCUCGUACAAGGACAGGAACCACUGACUGCCUCCAUGCUAGCAGCGGCUCCUCCUCAGGAACAGAAACAGAUGCUAGGUGAACGUCUCUUCCCGUUGAUCCAGAGUAUGCACCCUUCCCUAGCUGGAAAAAUCACUGGAAUGCUUCUUGAGAUAGACAAUUCUGAGUUGCUACAUAUGUUGGAAUCUCCAGAAUCACUCCGGUCAAAGGUUGAAGAAGCUGUGGCCGUGCUGCAAGCUCACCAGGCCAAGAAAGAGGCUGCCCAGAAGGCAGCUGCGGUUGUAGCUACGGCCUGAAGCAGGAAUUAGAUUUGCAACGAUUGCCAAGAACCAACGACUCCACACAUUUGAUUCAGAUAUAUUCAGGCUGGAUGCGUGCAUCGUGCUUAGCUUUGAGGGGGAAAAUAAACAAAAAAAAAGCAAAAUUUCAAAUAACCAGUUUCUGAAAGAUUUUAAUGUACUUUAAGUAUUGAAAAGAAAUAUAUUUUGAUAGAUCAAACUAUAUCAUUACAAAGCAGAGCAUCACUCUGCUUUGUUUUGAGCAUGGAUAUCUGUGGCCAGGAUAGAUUUAUUCAUGAAACCAAAUACAGUGGAUGCUGAACAUGUGAAAACAACAGAAAAUUAUGGAAAUAUUUAGCAGGUUAUGCAGCAUCUGUGGAGAAAGAAACAGAGUUUUGGGUCGAUGCCCUAUAAUUUGAAAUUAUUUAUUUUUUAUUUUCAAAAGGAUACGAAAGGUUGUAGGUAUGAGAAUGGAGCUAGAUUUUAACUUUGCAGUUAGGGUUUAUGAUUUGGGUGUGUUUUCAUUUCUAAAACUGAAGUUUGCCCAAAUCUGGAAGUGUUUCUGAUUGGGGAAAGAACAAAAUAAAAAUCAUUUGUCUAAAAUGUA